CCUCAUGCCGGCCGCGCGCGGGGCGCCGCCCCCAGGCCGCAGCCCUGAGCCCCGCUGAGCCCCGCGAGCGCACGGCGCCCCAAGGCCUCGGCCUCCUCCCAAACUUUGCAAAGUCGGCCCGCGGUCCCUCCGGCCUCGGCCGCGCUCGGGCUCUGCGCUCGGCCCUGAGGACCAGGAGGACCCGGAGGAGGAUCAGGAGGACCUAGAGGAGGACGACGAGGAGGAGGGGCCUCCGCAUCAAAGACACCGGCUUCCCGCGGCCCGGGGGCGAGCCAUGCGCGGCGGUCGGUAAUGUCAGCGGAACAGGACAAGGAGCCCAUCGCGCUGAAGAGAGUUCGAGGUGGUGACAGUGGACUGGAUGGUUUAGGAGGCCCAAACACGCAACUAGGAAGCCCAGAUAAGAAAAAACGCAAGGCAAACACACAGGGACCUUCCUUUCCUCCACUGUCUGAGUACGCUCCACCACCAAAUCCAAACUCUGACCAUCUAGUGGCUGCCAAUCCGUUUGAUGACAACUACAAUACUGUCUCCUACAAACCACUGCCUUCAUCCAAUCCAUAUCUUAGUCCUGGCUAUCCCGGCUUUGGAGGCUACAGCACGUUCAGAAUGCCACCCCACGUUCCCCCAAGAAUGUCUUCCCCCUACUGUGGUCCUUACUCACUCAGGAAUCAGCCACACCCGUUUCCUCAAAAUCCCUUGGGCAUGGGUUUUAAUCGACCUCAUGCUUUUAACUUCGGGCCACACGACAGUUCGAGUUUUGGAAAUCCAUCUUACAAUAAUGUACUGGCUCAGAAUGUCAACAUGCCCAAUCAACAUUUUAGACAAAAUCCUGUUGAAAAUUUCAGUCAGAUUCCUCCACAGAAUGCUGGCCAAAUACCUAACCCCGAAUUGGCAUCAAAUUUUGUCCCUGGCAGUAAUUCAAAUUUUACCUCUCAAUUAGAAUCGAAUCAUUCUUUUAUUCCACCCCAAAACACGUUUGGUCAAGCAAAAGCACCACCUCCCAAACAAGACUUCAGUCAAGGAGCCGCCAAAAACAGUCAUCAGAACUCCUCAGCUCACCCACCUCACUUAAACAUGGAGGACACAGUCAAUCAGAGUAAUAUCGAAUUGAAAAAUGUCAACCGGAAUAACACAGCCAAUCAAGAGAACAGCCGUUCAGGUAGUGCUGAAGCACCGAACAACAGCCAUGCCAACGGGACGCAGAAUAAGCCCCGGCAGCCCCGGGGUGCAGCAGACAUGUGCAUCCCUGAGAAAAGCAGUAAGUCCUCACUGCACCCCAGCCGGCUCGGCCACUCAUCUUCCGACCCCGUGUACCCGUGUGGGAUUUGUACAAACGAAGUCAAUGAUGAUCAGGAUGCCAUCCUGUGUGAGGCCUCUUGUCAGAAAUGGUUUCAUCGGAUCUGCACAGGAAUGACUGAAACAGCCUACGGCCUCCUGACCGCAGAAGCAUCGGCAGUGUGGGGCUGCGACACGUGCAUGGCUGACAAGGAUGUUCAGCUAAUGCGUACUAGAGAGACCUUUGGUCCACCCGCCGUGGGCAGUGACAGCUAGUAUGACCAAUGGCAGCACUGCAUUCUUUCUCUAUGUAUCACAGUGGUCAGCUGCUGACACAGGAGUUUAAUGUUUCACAUUAUUUUUUUAAAUGCCCACAAAAGAUAUUACCUUUUAGUUCUUAUUAACAUUUCACUUCAUUUUACUGUUUUCGUUCACUCUCUUAAAUAAGAAUAAUGUGUGUGGGUGCUCUAGAGACAUUAUAAAUAAAUGUUUGCUGUUAUUUAUCAUUAAAGCCUCUUGAAGCUUCAAGAUAAUAUAUGACAAAGGUAGGGGAGUUUUAACUUUUAGAUGUUAGAAUCAUUGAAAAAUGUAUUCUUCAGUGCUGAACGUUGAUCAUACAUUAAACUUUUAGUUCAAUAAGUUUUUUAAGGAUCCAUUUACUGUUUUCCACAUUCAAUCUGUAUAAAUGUAAUAUGGGGAACACAAAUGUUUUCACUGAUUUUAAUACAUUUUUGAUAGUAGAUUUGACACCUGAUUCCUUCUCUGCUAUGGUCUUUGAAAUUCGUGAAUUUCAUUUUUCAAAUUAGUCUUUCCAGGUACCUACCUAUAUGGGUACAAGACAGAUCAUAGCGUACAGUCAGUUCUCAGUAUUUGUUAAUUAACUUGUAGAUUGUGUCACAUAAAAUUGCUAAUAUUAGAUCAGUUCAAAAUUGACUGCGGUUAGUAAAGUUGGCAUAAAGUAUGUUUCCCGUUGUAUCAUUUAGAAUUAUGCUGGUAUUAUGCUCUCAAUUUUUUUUGAUUAUUCUGAUGUUUUGUUACUGUUAGAGAUAAAUAAUAAUAUAGUAUCUUCUAAAGGAUGGAGAACACUUUCUUUAAUGAUUUUAAACUGGGACGCAUUGCAAAUGAGAAAGAUAGACGUCAACAUGGCCCUUCAGGGGGCUGCUAUCCAAGAGCUCCUCAGUACGGCUUGAGAAAUGUUGCUCUGGAGAGCCAAGUUUGCAGAAUGAACCCAUUCUAACUAAAGGCCAGUAAGAGCCGAGUCAGAGCUAACUUGAAGCUGUGCUUCAGGCUUCUGAGUUUCUGCUGUGACUGAGGACAGUGUGAAGUGGACCCGAGAGUACCCUCAAUCUAGAGAGAACUGGCACAGUUGGAGGGAUGUUCUUCAAAACCAUACAAACUCACUUUAGAAGCAGACCAUAACCUGUGGUCACACUGAACUCUGUGACAGUUGAUAGCAACUUAGACAAUGGUUGGAGAUGGAUGGAAGUCUCUAAUAAUGCUCUGCUGUUACUGUGACCUAAAAGCUCUGAAUGCUGGGGCUAAAGAGAUGACUCAGUGGUUAAGAGUGCUUGAUGCUCUUGUAGAGGACCUGGGUUCAGUUCCCAGUACCCACAUGGUGGCUCACAACUACCUGUAACUCCAGUUCCAGGGGAUCCAAUGCUCUCUUCUGGCCUUCAUGGGCAUUGCAUGCAUGAGGUGCAUAUACAUAAAUGUAGGCAUUCAUGCACAUAAAAUAAAAAUAUUUUAAAGAGCUCCAGAUACUAUGUAAAUAGUAUAAUGAUCUGCAAAGUUGAAGCCUGGGAGUCGGUGGGGGAGGUGUGUGGAAGUUGAAACAAUCACGGCAGCAGCGUUUAUCAAGAAAUUGCAUGUGAAGAUUUUGGUUAACAAUCACUCUCAUGUGUUGAUAUGACAGGACUGUACCUCACAUGUCUCAAAGCACCGAAGACUUGGGCUGUGAGUUUUGUCUCCCAUCCUCAUCCCUGACCAUUAUCCAAUGAAGUGCCAGCUUUUUUAAAAUUAUUAUUUUAUCAUUCAGAGCUUUUUCUAUAAGAAACAGCAUUCCCUAGAAACAGCAAAGGUUUUGAACAAUUUAUACAGUUGACAAGAUGACGAAUUUAGUGAAAAUCAGAUAGUUACUAUGUUGUUUAGAAAACAGUAGCUCUGCCAGGUGUAGUGGCAUACACCUUUAAUCCUAGCACUCUGGAGGCAGAGGCAGGGGUCUCUCUGUAGUCCCAGCUGGCCUGGAACUCACUAUGUAGACCAGGCUGGCCUGGAACUUACAGAGAUCUACUUGCCUCUGCCUCCCGAGUGGUGGCAUUAAAGGCAUGUACCACCACACAGGGCCUGAGUGCUGACUUUUAACCUAGCAUUAGGCCUGACUCUUAUGACAGAGUGGAACAAGAUGGCUGAGGGGAGCCUUCUGAUAUUCUCCGGAGCUGACACUUCACCAUGGUAGUACUGUGUUGUGCUCAUUGAUAAAAUGGUUUAUGCCGUUUCGUAAGCUCCUUAUCGCUUAUGGUUUUAGUAGUUAGCUGUCUUUGUGAAAACUAAAUAAACUUCUCUAAAUCUAGUCUGGGGACAUUUUGGCUCAUAAGGUGGUCGAAUUUUUAAUUUCCAAGUU